UUGUUUCGCUAUCGAAUGGGGCUGUUCUGAUAACAACCAAAACAAAACAUUUUUCUAGUUACCAAUCAGCUUAUCAAAUUAACGCCUCUUUGUAGAUAUGAAUACUGGAAAUCCUAAACAAUGAAAUUAGUAUAUUGUUAAGAUAUGAAUGGAUUACAUCGAAGUGUGUGCAAAGUAGAAAUUAAUCCAUAAGUGAACUUAAUGAAGAAGUGCUAAAGUGUUGAAUUUCGAUUGUGUCUGUUUGUUAUUCUGUAAGAAUUUAUCAAAGUUUGAAAUCGCUAAUCUCGCAUCUCGAUCCGGGAACAUCAAAUAAUGUUCGGGCGCCAUAAGAAAUCCAUUCAAUGAAGUGCAGUGUGCGAUGCAGAUGUAAUCUUUAUGGGAAAGUGAAUCGUAGAAUGGUUAAGCAUCAACGGCUUGCCAUUAAGAAAGGAUUUGUCAUUGGGUUAUAAAUGUGGCGCAGUUAACAUAACCUCACAAAAACUAAAAAACAAAACACCCAGAGCCAUCAUGAAUCGUAUUACGAUGUUGCAACCCACGGUUCGAUGGUUAAUCGCUCUUCUAGUUACAGUAUUAUUAACAGUGAACGUGAACGGCCAAACUACGAUCGGUGCUAGUGUGGUGAUCGAUCCUCAGGAUAUAAUGCUUACGGUGGAUGAAAGUACCGAGAUACUGGUUCGCUUCCGAGGACCGCUAACGCAAGAUGUGAAAUUUAAUUUCUCCUCUGAUCAUGAUACAUACGUAAAGGUGAAUCCAUCCUUGAUCUCGGUUGAUGCACCUGCGAGUGGGUUCAUUGACAAAGCCGUUUCCGUCGAUCUGGAAGCACUGUCCCCCGGGCAGUUCGAUCUGCUGGGUUCCAUCAUUCCGACUGGAUUGAUAGAUGAUGCCAAAGCGUUCAUCAGGAUCACUGUGGCGAAUUCCCGUCCGCUCAUAUACGCAAGCAUAGUGAUCGGAUGGAUGUACUUUGUAGCGUGGACGGUUUCGUUCUACCCACAGAUGAUCAUAAAUUUCAAACGAAAAAGUGUAGUAGGACUUUCAUUUGACUUCCUGGCACUGAAUCUACUGGGACACACGCUGUAUGCUAUUUUCAAUUGCUUACUCUUUUGGGAUGAUCAUGUCGAGCAGGAAUACUUUGACCGACAUCCGCGCGGAUUGAAUCCCGUCGUUGCCAAUGAUGUUGCAUUUUCGUUGCACGCCACAAUUGCCACGUCGCUCACGGUGCUGCAGUGCUUCUUCUACGAGAGAGGAGAACAGCGAGUGUCAUACAUUGCUCAGGGAAUUUUGGGCAUUUUUGCGAUAGUGAUCAUCGUUUCCGGAAUAAUGGUCGGAACCGGGCAUUGGCAUUGGUUAGACCUUUUGUAUACCUUUAGCUACAUUAAGCUGGCAAUUACCCUCAUCAAAUAUGUACCGCAGGCGGUACUGAAUUUCCGGCGGAAGAGUACGGUAGGAUGGAGUAUUGAAAACAUCCUACUCGAUUUCACCGGUGGUAUGCUAAGUAUGCUGCAGAUGUUGCUCAAUGCGUAUAAUUAUGACGAUUGGGCGUCAAUUUUUGGAGAUCCUACCAAGUUCGGGCUCGGAUUGUUCUCCGUUUUGUUCGACAUUGUUUUCAUCAUACAGCACUACGUGCUGUACAGGAAUCGCUCGGAACUCAAAACGUUGGAGGAGGAGUCUAGCAACAGUGCAGCCGUGGGCAGUAAAACGAGCUUACCGUAGUAGGAAGUUCCCCGUUCAGCGACUGUCCUGUCUCUUAGCCUUGGGUGCCAUACGUUUUAGCUUAGUUGGCACGUCUACGUAAAAGUGUAAACUUUGCACAUUCUUGGGUACAAAACCCAAACAAUCAUUUCUGUGCUGUUGCGGUAUACCUUAGGACUUUCUAUUUUUGGAUACGGCCAUGUCAGAAUAGAAGUUAAACUACUGAGGGGAAACUCCGCUUUCAGUUGCGUUUUUCAGGAUUUUUAUUUUUAGUAGAUCAUAUGGCGACUCAGACAGAACAAUUGUAGUGAUGCCACUCAUCUUGGGGGUGACCUUGACGAUCAACCUCUUGCUAGAGCCUGUUCUAAUGACGUUAGUCUUGUAGGUAUUUUCGUUUUAACUUAUUGUACAAAUAAAUAUAUCCUCAUUUGUUUA